AACAAAUUUUAGGUUUAAGACGAAUUCAUAAACGUUUAGUUAAGGUUACUAAACUCAUCAUUUUAAAUGUUUACUUAAUUAUCUAUGAAAGUAUUAGUCUCAUCAUAUCUUAGAAAAUCUCCACCUGCUAUCUCUAUUUAAGCUUUUCUCUCUAUCUCUUCUAUCAAUAGUUUAACAUAUCGCAUUUUCCUGAUCAAGCUAAACAAGUCUAGUAACUAUAGGGUUUGAUAAACAGGUAUAUAAAUCACUAAUUAAGCCUCUCAAUCAAUAAUGAGCCGAGGUGGGAGCUCUGGAGGCGGACAAAGCUCACUAGGCUAUCUUUUUGGAUCAGACAAUGAGACUCCAAAGAAUCUCCCAUCGGCUGCCCCAAAGCCUACACCACCAUACGGCAUAGAUCCCACCGACGACGACAAAUCUGACCAAAAGCCUAAGAUCUCUAACAACAACAACUACUACAGAGCUCAGGGCCAAAACUCUGGCAACUUCGUCACAGAUCGUCCAACGACGAAGGUUAAGUCGGUUCCUGGUGGAGGUUCGUCUCUUGGAUACUUGUUCGGAGUAAAGGAAUGAAAAUGAAGUCAUAUAACUAGGGUUUGUAUUGUGAUCUAGUGAGUAUUUUAUGUGUACUGAAUCUACUGAUCCCUAUCUAGACCUCUACACUUCUUAUUUAUAUGUAUGUACGAAAACGUGUGUUUUGAAUUUGCAGUUGACUUGUUCAACUUGGCGAAUAAAUGGUUUCUAGUCAUGGACAUAUAUA